AUGAACGGGUCGCCGUCGCUGCCCGGUCAAGACAGCCGACGCUCGCUUCCGUUUCGCCGUCGCACGAGCACAACGUCAUCGCCGCCCGCCGUCGCAGCCUCAGCCUCAGCGCCAGCAGCGUCACCGUCGCAGUCGCAGCCGCAGCCACGACGAGCCAGUUCGCCGUCGAGUGCGAACUCAUGGCCUCGAUCGAGCUUGGGAGACAUUCGUACGAGCUCCAGCGUAUACGAAACUGCGUCCGCAUCUGUUACCACUGCAGUCAACCUCGAUGUACCCAGUGCACCGCCGAGGAAGCGCGCCAGGGUCGAGCUCAUGGACGAACGUGCACGAGUCGAUCCCACGUGCUUUCCCCGGACGAAGGCAUCCCUGUCCAUUCCCAGUCACCGCACGCUUGCGUCGAGUCGAACACAGCUAUGCAAGCACGAAUCUACGCGUUGCCGUGUCAUCGAAACUCCCUUGUCGUUGCAGCCGUCGCGGGCUUUCUCCCUCUUUCGCUCUUCUCCAUCCGCAAACGCCGCUGCUCCGUCGCUACAACCACUCGACAGCAGCAUUCAGAGCCCACCUCCAUCCUUCCGCCCAGCAAGUGACUCCAUCCGCGAGAGCAGCUCAAGUCCUCGACCACACCGGCCAUCGGACGGUUUCCGGUUACCGACUGAAGCGAACAACACGCUGCCGAGUCAACCCGGCUCUGCCCAAGGUAGUACCAGCUCACCGUCAUCGAAUCAUUCCACGCAGCCCAAGACCGAACAUGAGCCCAAUUCUCAGAAAGCAGAGCCUAGGGUGGACCAGAUCAACUCGCUUUUGCGCCACCCGACUCUUUACGACCCAAUUCGCAAACCUCGCAAUCCGAUCGUCUUGUGCCAUGGUCAGUCCCUUCGGUUUUCCUUCCAAGUAGACUUCCAAGGGCUGAUCGUCUUCUGCUUGCAUCAUGUAGGUCUUUAUGGUUUCGAUGUUCGAGGUCCAAGCUACUUGCGGUUGCACUACUGGGGCGAUCUCCUCUCGAUCUUGAGAGGCAAAGUCGGCGCCGAAGUCUUUGUCACUGCCGUUCCAGGGUAAGUCAGAUUUGGGACUUGGUCGGAUGACACGAAGACGUCACAGAAGUAUUUACUCGCCACAUACUAUCACCUCGCAGGACGGGGUCGAUCAAGCAACGAGCUCACUCGCUACAUCGCCUGCUUGAAGAAAACCAGGAACUCCACGGCCAGCAGCUCAACUUUUUAGCUCACUCAAUGGUGAGUUCCAACAAGAUCUUCGUCGUCUUUUCAACAUUAUUGGGCUUACUCAUAUCACUCGACGCCUCGUUCCACAGGGUGGCCUUGAUGCGAGAUAUCUGUUUUCGCAAAUACGACCCGAAACAUACCACCCCAUUUCUUUGACAACGCUGUCGACGCCACACCGGGGAUCCGAAUUCAUGGCGUGGUGCCGAGCCAACAUAGGUAUUGGUACCGACUACGAUGUCACUUCCGCCGAAGCGGCCAGGCUUGCCCACGAAGACACUUCGGUCCCCCUCCCGUUCUCGCUCAAGUCCCCGAUUCUGCAUCGAGUGACCCCACCGCAGGAGGAAGAAGCUAUAAAGGCUGCCGAGCAGCAAGAGAAGAUCGAUGCGGCUGCCAAGACGAUCAAGACCGGUCUGAACUUGGCGGGUCUGCCCAAGACCUUAACGGCCAGCCUAUCAAACUACCUCCUCGACCUGCUCGAUUCGCCCGCCUAUGCCAACUUGACCCCCAACUUUUUGCGCGAGGUUUUCAAUCCAUUGACGCCAAAUCGCGACGAUAUCAAGUACUAUUCGGUUGCCAGUCGAACGGACAAGAUCCCGAUCUGGCACCCGCUUUGGUUGCCCAAGCAAGUGCUCGAUGGUGCGGAGUCUGCGCGGCUGGCGAAAGGGAUUCACACUCGACCGAACUGGGUCGGCAACGACGGACUUGUUACGAUCGAAAGCGCACAGUGGGGUGAAUUUCUCGGAGUGAUCGAGAAUUGCGACCACUGGGAGAUGAGAGGAAGCUCAGGUCUCAUCAGCGCGGCUGCUUCGGCGUCAGCGGUGACCGAACUGGCCAAGAUGGCCACUCGACCGGGAAGGGAGGACAAGAGCGAAGCGACAGAAGCAACUUCGGCCAAGAAAGGCUGGCAGUGGCAGGAUUUGUACCGAUUGAUUGGAAGCAGUCGGAACAAGUCGUCUCCGCCUGGACCGGCGGCGGUGGCUGCGGCCACUGUAGGAAACUCGCACUCGUCGACCGCUUCGUCUCCUUCAGAUGAGCCUUCCGGCCUCACAUCGAUGGCAUCUUGGAUUGUAAAAGCUCUUCCAGGCAUCCCAUCGCCGAUCCCAUCCUCGAUCAGCUCCUUCGCUGGCGCAGCUUCGCCGACGGGUAGCAAUUCACGUUCGACCUCCUCCCCUCGAACAGUCGUAGACGACCCUCGGCCUGGCACGGUCGCAAACUCUGUGCGGGCCACCGAUGCCGGUCCCCAACGUACAACGACGAGUGGACCAGCAGCCAUGACAGCGACGGCUCGGAUCCAGUACGGCGCCCCGACGAGCACCGGCGGAGGCGCUGGCUCGGCCUCCAAAUCCUCGGGUUCGGCGGAGCGAGGGCCGAACGGCGCGGCGGAAGCGACCAAGCCGGCGAACAAAUUGGAGAAGGAGAAGUUUAGCUUGGAGAAGAUGACGGUCGCGAUUUGUCGGAAAUUGUACGACGAUGGCUUGUAG